GUAUCAGUUUUCAAAAUCAAAUCACGUGACAUCCACAUCCAUAUCCGGCGAGAAAUUGGAAACGAUUCAAUAUGUUCUGAUCGCGUAACGCAACGUGGUAUGUCUUUCUUCUUCCCGCGAUCGAUUUCAGUUAUGUGGGUUACGACGCUAGGAAUUGUAAUACACAUAAUAUUUUUAUCAUCUGUAUUCGAUAUAUAUUUUAAAUCACCAAUUAUUCAUGGAUUGAGCCCUCAUUACAUACCAUUGCCUCCUCCCGCGAAAAGAGUUGUUUUGUUUGUUGCUGAUGGACUGAGAGCAGACAAAUUGCUAGAACUUAAUGAGAAAGAAGAAAGCAGAGCACCUUAUUUGAGGAAUAUUUUGAGCAGUAAAGGUGCCUGGGGAAUUUCUCAUACUCGAGUCCCUACUGAAUCAAGACCAGGACAUGUUGCAAUUGCUGCAGGAUUUUAUGAAGAUGUAAGUGCUGUUUUCAAAGGUUGGAAAGAAAAUCCUGUGGAAUUUGAUUCAGUUUUCAAUGAAAGUAGAUAUACUUGGGCAUGGGGUAGUCCAGAUAUUCUUCCAAUGUUUGCUAAAGGUAACAGUAAAUAUAUAUAUAUUAUUACUUUAGUGUUAAAUAUAUGUAUUUUUUAUUUUAGUGUCAGCUUAUUUCUUGCAUUCAUUGGUUGGAUUAAUUAUGUGAUUUUAUUAAUAAUUAAAAAUCAUACUGCUAUUAUUCAUAUAUCUUUGGAGCAACAACAAUCAGUAUUAUUAGCUGGCGAAUAUCCAAAAUUAAAAAUUACAUUAUUGUUUUUAUUUAUUGGUUCAAUUGUCACAUGGUUACUAUAUGAGCAAAACUCGCCAGCAAUGUAUUAUAUAUAUUUUUUAACACCAGUUUUUCUUUGGAAUUUAAUUUUUUGCAGAUGGGAUUUAAUACAGCAGGCUCAAAUUUAUAUGGAAAGAAGAAAUUAUACUUUAAAAUUUAUUGGAAUUAUUAUUAUUUGUAUUGUUGGAUUAGAACUUCUUGUUGCAUCAUUUUUUCGAAGAGGUUUACUUUCUCUGGGUUUAAUAUUUAUAUCACUGUGGCCAUUAACCACAUCCCUAAGAUAUACUCAUAAGUUUAUUGCAGGAUUAUGGUUCAUGACUUGUAUUAUUAUGGCAAUUUUUCCUUUUUUACCAGUUGUAGGAAGACAAUCAAAUUACACAUUAGUAACAUUUACUGGUUGGAUUUAUGCUCUUUUAGCAGCUUACUGUGCAAGAAGCAUGUCGGAAAAGCAAACAAAAAAACGGAAGGUUGCAGAUGAGAACAGGCAUUUCCAAGAAAAGUGGAAAUUUGAUUAUUUUUUCACUUUCAACAAAGAUAAAGCUGGAUAUGCAUUUCGUCAUUUUGGUAAUAAAGAAUGGAUGUGCGAUUUUGGAUUUCUUAUCGACAUGACUCAGCAUCUCAAUGAUCUUAAUGUGGAACUUCAAGGCAAAGGACAGUUUAUUCACAACUUGUAUGAUAAAAUUCAGGGCUAUGAGCGUAAAUUAAAAUUGUGGAAACAGCAUCUUUUGCAGAAUAAUGUGUCUCACUUUCCACAUUUAGAAAAAGAAAACGUGAUUAUACUCUUCAUCUCUAUCUACAUAAUGAAAAGUACAUCAGACAGUAUUGAAAAUAAAACAGGUUUACCUUUGUUAAAUCAGAUGUUAUCUUGGCUUAUUUUAGGUUUGUCAUUUAUUCUACCAAUUUGGGGAUCAACAUCCAUAUUGACAAGAUUAUUAAAUGUGGCCAUUUCAUUUUUAUCUCUCUAUCUGCUGAUGUCCAUAACUUAUGAUGCAUUAUUUUGUUUAGGAUUAUGUGUCACAAUGUUUCUGUGGUUAUAUAUAGAACAUUUAUUGUCAGGAAAACAUUACAGGCUUCAAGAUGUGUCAUUUGAAGUACCAGCUAUAAAUUUUCAAACAGAAUCUUUAUUUUAUAGAAUGGGAAUAGAUGAUAUUAGAAGAUCUUAUUUUUUUAUAUUUUUUAUUAUUCUUGCAUUUUUUGGUACUGGGAAUAUAGCUAGCAUCAACAGACCUAUAAAUUUCCACUGUUAUCUGUUUUUAUUUUAUUUGUAUAUAAUUUAUUUUAACAAACUUUUUCAGAUUCUUAUUCCUUUCCUUAUUGUAAGCUGUGUCUUCAGAGCAAUAUUAGUUUCUGUUAAAGUUCCACCUAAAGCACUUUUGAUGGUUAUUCUUGUCAUGACAGAUUUUAUGGGAUUGCACUUCUUUUUUCUUGUUCAAGAUAGUGGAAGUUGGUUAGAUAUUGGCAUUUCUAUCAGUCAUUAUGUCAUUAUGAUGUCCACUACAAUUUUUGUUAUGAUAUUGUAUGGAGUUGCCUGGUUGCUCACUUCUUGCUCAUUUGCAUUUUCUAUACCAUUAUUGAAGCGACAUCUACAAUAAUUUAUAAUUCUUUUGAAUAAAUGUCUUCCAACAAAAUUAUUGAUUUGUUGUUCUGUGUGUGAUAUAUGGGAUGUUAUUUUUUUUUCUUUAAGAUAUUUAUUUAAGUUUUCUAAUAUGCUGUUUUUUAU